ACACACAUACAGAACAAACUCCUGUUAAGGAUAACGAUAUGAAUAAAAAGCAAAUCCAAAUGAGCGACGAAACCGCACAUAACAGUGCCAUCAGUAUUAUCGAUGCGCUCAAGAUAUCGGGAGUCAUAGAAUUCUCCAUUUGUCUAUUCUUCGCCAAACUGGUCAGCUAUACAUUCCUCGAUUGGUUACCAUUAUAUAUAUCGCAGACAAACCCCGGUAUUUCCAGUUCUCAAUCCGCAUAUAUGACCAUAUUCUUCGACUUGGGAGGCAUUGUUGGGGGCAUUUCGGCCGGUUAUUUGGCCGAUAAGACCGGUGCCAGUGCUCUGUCGUGUAUCGUUAUGCUUAUAUUUGCCAUCCCAUCCUUGGGAAUUUAUUAUCUAUUUGGUAACCAAUCGAUGGCAAUGAACGAAGCGCUGCAAUUCAUAGCCGGUAUAUUUGUGAACGCGCCGUACGCUCUGAUCACGACCGCAGUGUCGGCCGAAUUGGGCUCAAAAGUGCCUUCAAAGUCGGCGAUGGCCACCGUCUCGGCCAUCAUUGACGCCACCGGUAGUAUCGGUUCAGCGAUCGGACCCUCUUUGGCAGGCGUUGUGUCUGAGAUUGGAUGGGAGUAUGUGUUUAUUGUGGUAAUGAUCGCCGAUUUGUGCGCUUUGUUGUCUAUAUUAAGGAUUGGAUUCAAUGAUUGCAAACGAUUGAUAUUCAUUUGGAGGACAAAAAAGUCGAGAAAUAAUUCCGCAAAUCAGGAAAUUAUUUCAGUCACGACUUAU